GUCAUGGGGAAACAGAAGACAACAGCUUCGUCCGUCCACGUACAUGUAGGUGUAGUCUACUAUUAAUAGUAUUGCAGUACCGCAGCUGUAGUAGGGAGCUUGUUCUUCGUCUUCUGCGCUGUGGAUGUUGACUAUUGCCGAAAGAGGCAGGAAUUUCGAACUUUAUCUUCCUCCUAAAAACGGUAACUUGCUGCCAGGAUGGACAGCAUUGUGAGGACUGUGGCUGACUAUGCCCUCAUUACCAAGCACUCCAAACGAAGCAGCAAUCCGAAUUGGCAUCGAAAUAGCAGCGGCACCAGCAGUAGAACCGAUGCCUCCCCAGAGCUACCAUUUGUGGUUGGUUCUGGCCUUGGCCGCACUGGGACUCAUUCCCUACAGGCAGCUUUAGCAACUCUUGGCUACCACAGUCGAUUCCACAUGAGCGAAAUAAUGGGUCGUUAUGUUUCUCCAGAACCCUGGUUUGAGCUUGCAAGAACGGAAAGGGCAGCUGGAGUAAAGAACAAGACAUUGGCCUUGCAGGCAGCACAAUCUGUGAUUGAUCAAGGAUACAGGGCCACCACCGACUAUCCUUGUUGCCUGCUCUACCCAGAGUUCCUAGAGCUCACAGAUGGCAAAGUCAUUUUAUCAGUCCGUUCCAAUGCAAGUGGUUGGAAGAAAUCCAUAUUGGAAACACUUGCAGUUCUUCCACGUCCAUUUUUCAAGCCACCAUUUUCAUUGAUCUAUCAUACAAGGCAGUUUGCUGAAGUGUUAGAUCCUUGGCUGUGGGAACGAAUGGGUGGCAUUGCGGAAAUAGGGCAAAUGGAUUUUCCCAAGGAAUCACUGCAUGACUAUGAACACAAACUUGAAUCUGCGUAUACACAAUGGAUUGAAACUGUCAAACAACAAGUCCCUGCUGAAAAGCUCCUUGUACAUCAUCCCCAGGACGGAUACCCCCCACUCUGUGAAUUUCUAGGAAUCAAGGAGGAGAAUUGCCCAAAGGAAGAUUAUCCUCAUCUUGCCAACACUCUAGCAUUGAAACGGGCAACAAGAGUACUUGAGAUUGUGACGGAAACCUUUUGGCCAGUGGUGGGAUUGCUUGUGCUCUUGAUGGCAUUUUUGAUCGGACGAUCUCUUCCAUGCGGGCUUCGAAAAACGACGGAUCUCAAAACCAAAAAGACGAGAUAACAUACUCACCUAACUCUUCUCAGUGAGCUACAAGGUGGCCGGAAACAGGCUGGGAAAGUGGUUUGAAUGUGGCUGGUCAACAAUGUGAUGAACAAUCGGCAGCAGCGAGCGAAGAUUUUCAUGCGUGAUUUCGCACAAUUAUCACUUGCUUCGGCAUGCAGCAUCGUGCUGUUGUCUUGGCAAGCAGAGUCCCAAAGGGCAACCGGAUCAGCAAAAAGUUGGUCUAUCUGCCCUUUCUUGUUAUGUUGCGUCUCCAGUUGUGUGGAAAUACGAUAGUUUUGAGCCGCAGUUGUGAGCCAAGUAUCUGACGAGCAACCCUGCACUCCCCUUACUUGUCGUCUUUUUGUUUUGAAAAAUGUGCUCGACACAAACUUUUUGCACUUUGGUGCACCGCUCCCUGCAUUUCAGCACUCGUUCUACUAGUCGUUGGAUGGUUUGCUUGUGUAGCCGACACUCACCGAGCGUACCAUAGGUAGUCUACCGACGUAUCCGCGGGUCAACAAGGUUGGUUACAAAACAGGCUUGCCAGGUGGCUGUGGUCGCCCUCGUGGUCAGCUCACGCGCGAUACGUAGACGUAGGACCCACCCGGCCCAUUGGUAAUGGAAGCAUGCGUCGGCCAUGCCUUGGCACUGCAAAUCUAUGAAAGUGUACGUAUACGAAGACUUUGCUGAAGCGCAGCGGCCAUGCCGGUAUCCCAGCAAGUAUUGGAAGCUGCUAGCCUAGUAGAGAGCUUUUGUUACGCUGAUGCUGACCACCGGAGUGGUCACAAAAACAGAACAGUCGGACCAGCUCUGGAUAGAGGCCCAGCACGAGCCAAAGACAAUUCCAUCACCAGACGCAACUCCAGGACUCGACUCAUUCCUGGACCAGGGCCUGAUCCUGCCCCAGGUCAACCACAAGAUCAGGAAGCACUUCAGGAUCCACACCAGAACCAACCGAAGCCACACGCUGAGACCUGCUCCAGUAGCUGUACCUGGCUCUCUCCCAAGCCAUCUCUUGAGCCCAUCCGCACCACUUGAUGUUAGUCAGUUGGUCAUACGAUAUGUGCCAAACGAGGCAAUCUAGCUACCGUAGCUAUCUUAUUAUUAGUGCGAC